AUGGCACGGAUACGCAACCUCCCCUACUACGCCUACCUGCGGUACUGCAUCCACCGACUCCAGGCACAUAUAGACGCAAGCAGUAGGAUCACCACCUACCUCUCCACGCAGCGGGGAAUAGAGGAGUACGCCUACCGCAUCACUCUGAACAACACCCAAUUCAACGCCAGCGGUGAUUUCGAAACCUGGGCACGGCGUGACGAGAAGCUGCGUCGAGGCCUCGGGGGCCUGGAGGCUAGGGCGGUGGUUUUGGGUAGAGCGGAAGAGGCGUUGCUGGUGAGGAUGGAGGUGCUGAGAGAUGCGUUGUGUCAGGUGCAGAAGGGUGUAUUAAUUGUAAAGGUGAAGAAGGUACAUGUAUGUAGAGUAUUGUGGGGAACAUGA